UCUGAGGUUUUGCUUUUUGUAAUUUUUUUUUUUUAAUUUAGAAUGAUAAGUUCUUAUGUUCAGAUUCUUCUAAUAAUUCUGUUUUGGAAUGCUGAUUGUCAGAUUAUUCCCAGGAUUGAAGAAUGUGGACUUUCUUGUUCUCAGGGGAUUCACUGUAAAAGCAAACCUUCUGGCGGCAUUUUUAACAGCUUCUGCCAUGAUGCUCCUGCAUCUUUAUCUUCUAUGGUGCUGAAAAGCAUGAAGAUCUCAACAGUGAUGAAAUGUGUGCAAGGAAGCCCAUGCUCUCUUCAUUUAAACAUUAAAGGAACACUGAGUCUGGAUGAGAAUGUCCGUGGGCUGGAAAUAUGUUCUUUUUCACUGGACACACAGCAAUCUCAAUGCAUAAAUGUGAGAUUCACCAGGAAAAAAAGCAAGAUGCUUAAUGGAAAGAAGGUACAGAUACAAUUCAAUUGCAUUGAAGUCAAUGUAGCACAACACAUCUAUGUGACCAUGAAAACUGUACCACAUUACUGUGAAGUCAAGCUGAGUCAGCAAUACUAUGUUGAAGAUUGCAGAAACAGUGAUGUGGGAAAAUAUAUUCCAGCUUGUUCAGCUGGAAAGUUAGCUUAUAAUUUAGACAGGGCAAGGAAAAUGGUAACAGUGAAUGUGUCCAACUUUCCCCAAGAUCAAGAUUAUUACGUUCGCCUGUGCCACAAAUGGUUCACGUGUGAAGAUGCUGGGGCAUUUGCUGUGAUAAAAGGAAAGGAAUCUCUUAAAUCCAUUUCUCUGAAAUACUCUCAGCUACUCCCUUGUCUUUGCAUUGAGGGUUGGCUGGCACUUCCAGAUGCAAGGAGGGUACAGCUUUGUCCCUUUGAAAAUGAUACACAGGUGCUAUGGGACAAUAUUGUUUAUAACCCAUCAACACAAACCCUUGCCUGGGAGCCAGCCUGUCCUGUCCUUGUCAUGGUUAACCUAUGCAGGUUCACCAAGUUGAAUGACCACUGUGAAGAUAUAGAAAAAUCUUUCAAAAAUUCUUCUGAGAAACAGGUCAAAUAUUCUCGUGUGGACACUCACCCAAGACUUUGCAUGAAGUUUACCACCAAACGAGGAUCUUGGAUUAAAUGUCCAUUUGCUCAUGGAGAAUUUCCAGCCUGGAAAAUGAGGACUGCUGCAGUUGCAGAACAAAUACAAGUUUUCUUCACAUCCCAAACCAAGGCACAGUUCUCAGUGCUUGUGUGUAACAGGACGCAGAUGGCUUCAUGUGAAUCUCUUGGGAUGCAUCAUUCAGUCUCUGUGGGAGAUCCUGUUUCAAUCACUAUGUCACAGGAAAUGUGUGGGUCAACAAUUUGCAUUCAGGGCUGGAGAACAGAUGUGGAUUAUUCAGUUCCACUGCAGAUCUGUGAUACCUUCUGCGGUUUUCAUGGUCAGUCAUACAGUGAUGGAAACCCACCAAAAGCCAUGACACACAGGAUGAAGAGUGUGGAGUCCUUGCAUUGAAUCUAACAACAUGUUUUCAAGGUCCUCAGGAUCUUCUCAACAUUGUAUUGUGGUGCAACUUGCAAUUCUGGUCUAACUGGUCAUCUCUCAUGACAGUAGUUUCUGAUUACUGUGAGAUUAUUCUCAUGAGUGAAGAAUUUAGCAAGUUGAGCCUACUGUAAUAUGACAAAUUCAGAUUGGGAUUCCUUAUUUCCCAGUAUUUAAAAAAAGGGUCUUAGAAUGACACAGACACAUUUUAUGAAAAGUCCUUUCCUUAGGAUUUUUCCUCCUGAGAAGUUGAGAGGCCUCAGGAACAAAAUGCAAACAAUAAUUAUCUGCUGCUGUGGAAUGCAACAGGUGCAUCUGUGAUUGGUCUCAUGUGGUUGUUUUUGAUUAAUGGCCAAUCACAGCCCAGCUGGCUUGGACUCUCUGUCCAAGACACAAACCUUUGUUAUUCUUUCCUAUUCUAUUCUUAGCUAGCCUUCUGAUGAAAUCCUUUCUUCUAUUCUUUUAGUAUAGUUUUAAUAUAUAUAAUAAAAUAAUAAAUCAAGCCUUCUGAAACAUGGAGUCAGAUCCUUGUCUCUUUCCUCACCCUGGGGCCCCUGUGAACACCAUCAAUUAGAUCAUCUAGAAAAUCAGGUCCACAUUUCCCAUCUAAAGUAGUAUUUAUACAAAACAUGCUAUAAGUGAAUACUUUCAUGGUACUUUGUGUAACUAUAGAACAAGUAUUUCAGAUUUUCUUGUUGGUAGCUUUCAUUUUUAAGCCAUAAGCAAAAAUUUUCGAGAAAUGAAUAAUGGAGGAAGUUUUCUCAGCUUUGAUAAAUUAUUUUUCUUUGCAAUUUCCUGUCUUGAUUUUCUCAUGCCAUUCUGAUGAUCUCACCAUGACAGACCAUGUUCUUUAAGUAUAUCUAAUAACUUCUUUCUGUGUUUGCAUUUGUGUUUGCCUUGAAGAUAAUUUUCCUAUUUGUCUGAGGUGGUACAUGUCUUUGGUUGAUUGCUAUUUAAAACUGUCUUGUGGAAAUCUGGUCUAGAAAGAACCAGUUUAAUGGAAAUAGUUUUCCCCAUUAUAUCAGUAUUUAUACUCAAUUGUUAAGGAUAAUAUUACACACUCUACUGAUUAACAAAUAUUUGGCCUUUAUUUCACUGAAUAGUCCUGUCAAACAUGCUUCCUGUUGUGUAACAUGGGAAUAAAGUAAAAUAAAAGAUGAUUAAUAGCUUAUCCUGAAACCAUGUGGAAUUGAUCAUGUGAGAUCAGGAAUGUGGAUGAGGAGUAAGGGAACAAGAAGUUAGUUGAUCAAUAAAAAA